GAGACGCGAUCGCCGUCUCGGAGCGUCUGAAGGGCCGCCGCCGCGUGGAGUGGCCGAGGAAGCGUGAAUUCCGGCGAUGGGACAAGCGGGAUACGCGGGAUAAAUCACGUCUGCUGCUCACAUCCACGCAGCGCAGCCCGGUCGCUGGGUUAGCCCGUUUUCUACCUUUUCCGGAAACACCGAAUCCAGAACGAAUCGAGUGGUCGGUCGGGAAAGAGCGAAGGGCCCCUCUGCGGGCCCUCUGUCAGCACGAGGCUCCUCGGGUGCAGCUGCGCCCCGGGUCACCAGUGCCCGGAACUACCUUCCUGAGGGCCGCCGCCAGCUGCCUGAUCACAGCUGCUAAUUUGGCCUGAGGCUCAAAUUAGAACUACUGAAGGGAGCUGCUGUGCCACGUUGCCCCUACCACCGCCCAAGAGUUUGCAGACUGGGUCUCUUAGGUGGGGGCAAGGAUUUCCUGCUUGAGAGGACAGCGAGGGGCUCCUCCGAAAUGCAAAGAGCUUCCUCUUGGAGCGCGGGAGUUCCGUUUGCAGCCCGGAAAGCAGUGAAGAGCCAGGGGUGGUUCAGCGCCUGCAUUAUGACGUAGCCAGGGGGUCACAAAGGCCAGAGCUGCCAAGGGCUUCUGGUCCUGGAACGCUGGGGAGCUCCAGCUGGAGGCUCCCCAGUGCCAUCAGAAGGGCUUGCGUGGGCCCACUCACCGGGCCCUGGACCGAGGGUGUCUGCCAUUCCUAUUCCACUCUUCCGUCAUGCAGAUUGGACUGGUCGAUUGGACAGGGGGGUAUCUCACCGGCGAGUGCUAUGGGGAUGACGUCAGUGUUUUGGGAAGCUCGCUGGGAAAGAAACAGACCUGGAAGCUGAGGGUGACCACUGAGCAAGGGAAGCAGAGUGUAGUGGCAGUGAUUGGGCAUGAAGGACAGCACCUCCUGGUGGAAGCGGAUGGCACAGUGCACUGUGGGCAGCCAGUGACAGACAAGCAAAGCCAGUUUCUGCUGGAGGUACAUCCGAGUGGGGCAUGGACCCUCCAGCAGUUGGAGAGCAAGAAAUUCUUGGAGUCUGAUGGCGAGGACGUCUUCUGCGUGUCCCUAGGCCUGACUGCCCACCACCUGUGGAUGCCCCAACUGGCCGAGCAUGCGCAUGUGGUCCUCUUCAACCCCAGCAGCCAGCUCUAUGCUCGGACUGACCCAGAACUGAACCGGGUCUGGGUGGAUGCCCCUGUGCCCUACCUGGAGGAAUGCAGCUUCCUCCUGAGGUUCAGGAAGGGAACUUGCCACCUGGAGACCUCCAACCAGAAAUUUGUGUCCAGAGCAGAGAAACUUGCCAAGAUGCCCUCCACAGAGACAGCCUUUCACCUGAAUCUAAAGCCCGGUUGCCUGGUGUUCCUCACAGACAUGGAGGGGCAUGUCUUGUACCCUCAGGGCAGGCGAGGGCUCCUCUGCCUUGGGGACCACCCAGUGGAGAAUGAGGAGUGGUUUGUCAUCAAGCGGUGUCCACAGUGGGUCAGUCUGAAAACAAGAACCAACAGAUAUGUCAGCAUCAUUUCUGACUCUGAAGUCUACGCGGGUCCUAAGAAGGCGAGCCCAAUGUCCACGUUCCUCUUUGAAAUGGACCCUGGUACCCAAACGGUGCAGUUAAGAGACGUUCACCACAAGUACCUGGCUCAGAGACAGUUUGAGAAUGUGAUGGCCGACGGGUAUGCCACGGAGGUGGAGACCAGGUUCCAGGUCCUCUGGCAUUAUGGGAGGAUCUUUCUGAAAGCUCCUGGGGGUCGCUACUUGGGAACGCUGCCAGUUGGACUGGUGGCAGCUCGAGCCAUGCAUCCAGGGCCCAAUGAGGAGUUUGUGCUGCGCUUCACCAAUCGGUCUUUCUUGGUGCUACGUGGGCGCUAUGGCUACGUGGGGAGCUCCACGUGCCAAGAAAUGCUGCAGUGCAACCUUCUGGAACCGGACCCUGUUGAGAUCCUGCCUUGCAAGCAUGGGAUCUACCACCUCCAAAGCCGUGGGAAGAGCUUUUGGUCCCUGACCCCAGAAAGGACCUUCAGUCCUUGGGGGAAGUUUGCCUUGAACUUCUACUUGGAGAUCCAAGGGAACAACCUGCUGGCCAUCAUAGCCCCCAACGGCUACUAUCUGCGUGGGGAUCGGGAGGGUUGCCUGGUGGCUGACGGCGAGGAGGUAACCCGAGACUGCCUUUGGGAGUUCUAGCCUGGGAGAGGCACUCGUGUGAAAGAAGGUGCCCCAACCGAGGAGGGGAGCAGCCAUCUGUCUGGCCCGCUGUCUAGGAUGCUCAGCCACUCACCCGUGGGCUUCACUGGGGGCUCCCAGGCAGCUGAGGAGGGUCCUACUUGCUGUCCCCCACGAGCCAGAGCGGCCCCUUCCACUUUCCUUCGACUGUCCCUCGGGGAGCCAUGUUGUGAACUUUCCAUCAAUGAAGUAGUUUCGCUCAUUUUGGGCCCGUGUUGCACCUUCUCCUUUGCCUCCUGACGCUGGGAGGAGGGGCAGAGGGUCUCUGCUCUGGGCUCAGCCACUGCCACUGCCACUGCCACCACCUCCAGGGAACUGGGAACGUAUCCAAACCUUGGGGCCCGGCUGGUUGCUCUGCCCGGGAAGCAGGGCUACUUCAAAAGGCUCCAGAGGGGUCCAAAGGAAGAGUGACCUUGAGCUUCCCAGGGCAGGGAACCCACCCUCAGCUGAGCCUCCUUUGGUGGAGGAAGCCAACUCCUGGCUGCCCCCCAGCCCCAGCAAGAGACUUGCGCCAUGCCUGGGCACUCCACCCGCUGCCUGUCCAGAGGAGAGGAGGCGGCUGGUUCCUUCAGGGAAUCCGGUUUGACCCUGGAAGGCCGCGGGGCAGUGUUUCCCAUUCAGCAGAGGAAUGGUCCCUGUCUUCCUCCCAGGGGGUCUGGAUUCGCUUACCCUGAGGGCUCAGAGGGACAGAAGGACACCCAGGAAGCCAGUGGGCCUCCCUCUUUUCCAGUCGCCUGGGGAGAGAGGUCAGGGGCCACAAAUCAGCUCCCAACUUUCAAGUGGCAUUAUUGGAAAGGAAAGGGGCAAGCUUUCUCCCCCUUUUCUCAUGGGGGGGAGGAAGGGCAGUCUUCCACCCCCCCCCCCCACGAAUCUGAUAAUCUCCAUCCUUGGUCUUCAUUCCUUUAAAAAAAAGCCUCCAUUUACACUCCUAGAGCUCCUUCUUUAGCCCUUUUCAUGCAACACAAUUUUAUUUCCAUCAAAACUGUUCUACGUUUUCUCUGCCCCUUUUCUCUGCUUCUUACUCUCAGCUGCAUGCUCUGCUGUUCUUCCCUGCCUGCGUCUCUGCCCUAUUUUUGCAGCUGUCGUUUUCCCAUGUUCAUCUUUUCUCACGCACAGCCUCUUUCCCGUCUUUCCCGUUCUCGUUCCACCAAGCACCCUCUUCAUGAGCUGCACCAACUUCCUCAAAUCCUUGGCACUCUGUCCCAAGCAGCUUCCACCUCUGCUACCCAUUCAGUCUGUUGGGAGACCCUGUCUGCUAAAGACUUGCUCAUUUCUCUGCCAGGAGUGAUUCUUUCCUGUUGUUUCUUUCAUUUUUCUUUUCUUCUGUGUCCAUUUUCUCCCAAUAUCCACCUGCAUUCCAGAAAUCACUAUGCAUUCAUGAAUUCUCUCCCCACACCCGCCCCCAAUAAUAUUUUUCAGAAAUCUGCUUUCUGUUAUCAUAAUUCAGCGGAAGGCAAGAGGAAAGUAUCACCAAUUCCCGCUUUCAUAUGCACCCAUAACAACCUAGAUAACCCCAGUUCAUACUUUAACCUACAGCUUCACUUUCCUUCACCUACAUACACUCUUUAAAAUAAAUACUUCUGACGUUCUUCAGUCCCCAGUAAUCUACGGAGACUUCUAUGGGAUCUCUUGUUUUCCUGCCACCCUCAGACCCUGACAAGGAAGUUCUUUGGUUUCUCCCCAGCUGUGUGACGUGGUGGAGUGUGGGGAAGGUGUGGGACAGCCGUCUGCCGCCACCUUUGAACAAGGAAUCAGAUCAGCUUUUAUUAUGCCGCUGAGAAAGAGUCGUAAGCAGACGGCGGUUCAGGUUCGCUUCCUUACAGUACAGGAUUCCCUGAACUCCCGGGACUCUGCGCGGCAGCUAACCCUUGCGGCCCGCCUGUUUACUGCCAGGCCACUCUGCCCAUCGCAGGUUCUCUUUGGGCUGGGGCCAAGCCCGUCUUCAGCCUGUCCUUCUGCCCCCCCCCAUCCCUCCUCUGGAAUUUAACCUGGGAGGAAAUGCCAGCCAGCGUGCGUGCGUGCGUGCCUGCUCACGCUCGUGCCUUGCAAGCUGGAGAGCACUCUGCGAGCCGGCCUAUCCUUGCUGCUUCCCACCAGCUCGGAGAGAUGGGUAGUGUUCAGCCAUAACCUCAGGAUGCACUCCCACCCUUCAUUUGGGAAGAAGAAAGCAAAACUACGGCACCCCUGAAAUUCAACCACUUUUGGUGGUACAACCUGGAGUUGUUUGGGGGGGGCAUGUGCGGUGCUAGGGACUUGCCUGUGAGCCAGGAGUGACCUCCCAUGGCCUAGGAAGACCCUCCCAUCCUUUGGGCUGCGGCAAUUCGGCUUGCUCCUUCCUAGGCCUAGUGUGGGGAGACCCCAGAUCAAGCUCCCCCACAGAAGCUCCCGGGGUGACUUUGCGCCAGUCCCCCUCUCUCUGCCCAACCUACCUCACGGAUUGUUUUUGGAGGAAACGAGGAGAGCCCUAUGCCUUGAACUCCUGGAGGAAAGCUGGGGUAUACAUUUAACAAAUAAACAGACCACAAGAGAGCCGCACAGAAGUUCUCGUGUGCCCAGUAGCUACCAGCAAAUUGGUAUGAUAAAAAAAGGCUGUAGAAGAAUACGAGCUUAACAAUGCUCUCCUCCUCGGAAGGGAACGAUCUCAAAAAGAUGAGCGGCCGGGGCUUCCUGCUGCGCGUUGGGGGAAGGAAGUUCUGUCCACAGCCGGUUG